GUCAGAACCCGGAAGCGACGGGAACGAUCCGCCGAGAGGAGCAGGAAGCGCCGCUGUUUUCAGGGAUGUAGAGAAAAGAGCCCGAGCUGCUCUUUCGUAACAAACAAGGACCCAUGACCCUGACACGAGGAUCCUUCACCUACUCAAAUGGCGAGGAGUACCACGGCGAAUGGAAAGAAGGUCUGCGUCACGGCCUGGGUCAGCUGACCUUCAGCGACGGGACGUGCUACACCGGACAGUUUGAGAACGGCCUUUUCAACGGCUGCGGGAUGCUGGUCUUCACUGACGGCUCCAGGUACGAAGGGGACUUUGUGCAGGGGAAGUUCCACGGCGUGGGCGUCUUCACUCGCUUCGACGGGAUGAGGUUUGAGGGCGAGUUGAAAAGCGGAUGUGUGGACGGCCACGGAGUCCUGACGUUUGUGGACGGAGGCCCCGGCGGCGGAGGCAGCAGCCACGAGGGCCUGUUUGAGACCAACCAGCUGAUCAGGAGAGAGAACAGCCAGGGAGCUGUGCCGAGGGCGCAGGCGGCAGCCGCCAGGGCCCGAGCUCUGGCCAUGUGACCCGGACUACAUGACCCACAGUGCCCCAGUACCAGGAUCACCCUCGUCCCACCAUCCCCCCAUUGGUCUUAUGGGGAUGAGGAGGCUGCUGCUGCUCAGUCUGCAGAACAGUCUCUGUGGGUCAGAGAGGCUCAUCUGGCGAAACAGAGCCCGGCUGUCAAACGACUCCGAGCUCCGAGGGUUUCACUCCAGAAACACACACGCAAAUAAACAAAACGAAAAAGGGAAAAACACUCGAGCAAAAGUCUGAAUCUCAUUUGUAUUUGUUUUGGUUUUUUUUUACCAGGAAUUCAUGAUGUGCUUUACCUGAAAGGAGGAAUUUACCAAAACCAGACUUCGUUUAUUCAGGAUGGAUUUUUUUUUUUGUGCGUGUUUUUGAACUGAGACUCUUCAGUGUUUGUGUUUUAUUUUUCUACUUUUCACAUCCAUGUUUUACUGAUCAGUGUUUUUAACGUUUGUGUGUAAAUCACCCACAAAAAAAAGAGAACCUCAGAAGAAGAAAAUUAGAGGUGUAAGCGUCGCUGUUGUGAACUUUAACAAAGCUUUUGAUGAGCUCUUACUAACACAUACUUCACGCGUGUGUGCCUGCUGGGAAUCAGCGUCUGUCUGUGUGUAAUGAGACUGGUGUGUCGACGUGCCGUGUGUGUGUGUGUGUGUGUGUGUGUGUGUGUGUUGUGCU